AUUAAUUUAUUUUAGAUCUCUGUACCGUUUAGCGUUUCCCGCCAAGGUAAACUUGAACCUUGGUCCUGCGGCAAAUUGCAUGCCCAGUUCCCGUCAUUUUUGCCAAAACUACCGAGGUCCGAAUCGCCGGGAAAACUUCACCAAAACCUGUCGACGUUUUUGUCCACUAUGUCUGCAGUGCAAGUAAUUGAACGACCGCACCCUGGCGCUAACGGGGGACUGAGGCCAUCGUCAAGCGGGGUCGUAUUCUCACCGCGUCCAUUGUUAAGCACGGGACGAAAUGUACGCUCGCUUAGAAACAGUACAACGUCACUUGCUCGUUCUUUCCACGUACCCAGCACGUCAUCAGGUUCGACUACCGUUAUGUUGGCCGCCAACCCGAAGUUGACGUCUAUAGAAGUGGAAGCGAUCAUUAAACAGAAAUUGUGGGAAAACAUGGAGCCAUUAAAACAAGCGUUCCAGUUAUACGACGCAGAUCGAUGUACAAAUGUCACUAAGGGUGAAUUCCGUAGAGUGUUGGAGAAUUAUUGUUUACCAAUGACUGCUGAGCAAUUCAAUGCAUUAGUGGUCAAGAUUGGUACAAACCCCAACGGGACGAUAUCUUAUCUUCGCUUCAUCGAUAAAUUCGUCACAAACUCAUUGACCCCAAACAUUGGGGUCGCUCGGAUUUUGUCCCGACCUUCAAGUUCAAACAAACAACGGAAGUCGCAGAAGUUUGCAACGGUUGCUAAAGUUCCCGAUGAACAAGGUAUCGACACAAUAGAAAGAUUCUUACAGCAAAAGAUCGCAGCCAACCUAAAGAACGUAAUUCGAUCGUUUAAAUUGUUUGAUUACAAUAUGGAUGGUUUGGUACAAAGACAUGAACUUAGAAGAGUGAUUGAAAAUUAUUGCUUAAAACUUAACGAUUCACAGUUUAAUAAACUUUGGUCUCGAUAUGACUUCCAACACACGGGGGCGAUAAACUACCGAGAUUUCCUCCGAAGGUUGGGGGUUAACGCGGCAACUGCUGAGCGUCAUGUUACAACCCCACUCAAUAAUGGACCUGAUGCUCCGUGGGAUGCGAGGAAGAUGCGAUUGGAGCGCGAGAAGAGCGUGACCGAUCUCAUCCUGGAUCGUAACAAAGAUAAGAAUAAGCGGAAGUCUAUGAGGAGCGAGAUGAUGAAGAUGGAGGAUGUGGAGAAAGAGUUUCGGAAGAAGAUGAAGAAUAAUUACCAAAACAUCAAGCGAGCUUUGAUGACAUUUGACAUUUCAUCCGACGGGUUCAUCUCAAUCGACGACCUGAAAGCUGUUCUUGAUAACUUUGUACUGCCCACUAGUGACGAAAUAUUCCAUCAACUCAUGUAUAAGUUUGAGGUUCGUGGGACGGGCAAAGUAUCUUGGGAACAAUUCUUAUCAAAGUUUCAGGAUCCUCAAUCUAAUGGUAACGGACAAACCAUUCCUAUUGGUCAAAAUCAUAAGGUCAACCCCACCAGACAGGCAUUAGACAACAGUUCCACCCCCGAUGUUAUCAAGAAAUUGAAAGACCACAUAUUGAACAACUUUGCCACGUUAAAGCAAGCUUUCCUAGCAUUUGAUGAGAAUCGCAAAGGUGUGAUUGGACGGAAGGAUUUGCGCCGAAUAAUCGAAACAUUCGCGAUGAAAAUAAGCGACGAGAAUUUCAAGGAACUUCAAGUUUACCUCGAUCCGCAACAUACAGGGUUCAUUAAUUAUCACAGUUUUCUUCAAUUAUUCGAAUCUCGUGAGCACGUUACUGCCCACAAGUGGUUGUUUUCCACCCACAAGUUCAACGAGAAUCAGUCACCCGCUAUAUUAGCUUGGAACACGGUCGAGGAAAUAUUGAGGGAGAAGCUCAGCGAAAAUUACCGGAUGGUAGCAGACGAAUACUCAGCAUUAGAUACAACGGGAGACGGAAGAAUAUCCCGAACCCAUCUACGUAGAUUAAUCAACAGAUAUGCGUUACCUGUAUCGGAUGAACAUUUUAACAAGAUGUGGUCUGCAUGCGAGGGGUCAUCGGAAGGUCGCAUAUGUUUCGCUCGCUUCCUCGAUAAUCUAAACAUCGAUGUUCAACCUGGGGAUUUGGAGGGAACGAGCAAGAGGAUUCAGGAGGAGAGUAGUGAGAGGGAGGAGAGGAGAGUGAGUGAUCAAGUGGAAAGGAUAAAUGAGAUCGACAAAGCUGAUCUUCGGCACACAAACUUGCUCUCCGCUUCGGAGGUCGUUCGUAGGUUGAAAGAUCGGAUGUUGCAACACGAUGCGGGGAUCAGGAAGUCAUUUCUCCGAUUCUCAAGGUCCGGGAAAGAUCGGGUGACGAAGAAGGAUCUCAGGAAGAUGUUGGACGACAUUGGACUCCGAAUGGAGGAUUCUCAGUUCAAAGAAUUAAUGAAAAUGCUUCACGUUAAUGGGAGGGGACUCCUUUAUUCAGACUUUGUGGAAUCUUUCCAAGACCCAAGAACCGAUGGGAUGGGAAAGGAGUUAGAGCGAGCAGGCAACCACAUAGUCAACCCAACCAAUGUACGUUACAUGACAGCACAAGAAUGCUAUGAUCAACUACUUGAGCGUAUGAGGCAAAAUUUUGGGAGCGUCCGAAGUGCAUUCUACAAGGUGGACGACGACCACGAUGGAAAUUUGACGAUGACCGAGUUUCGUAGAUUGUUCGAUAGUUUUAUGUUUAUAAUCACAGACCAGACCUUCCACGAGUUACUACGCAUGUUGGGACUCACCAAAAGAUCCUCGUUAUCUUAUCACGAUUUCCUCAACAAGUUUGAAGUUGUUGAUAAAGAGGAAGGGCAUCCGUGGUUGAAGUCAGAGCAUAGAUACAACCGACCGCGAUCAGCUACUGAGUUAGCUGCUGACCAAGUCCAUCAAUGUUUAUGUUUGAAAGCUGAACAAGCGUGGUCCGAUCUUGCUAAAGCUUUCCAAAACUUUGAUGCGGACGGAAACGGGAUAAUUAAAAAGAAGGAGUUAAGAUCGGUGCUGUUUAGGUUUAUCCUCCCCAUCUCCCACGCUGAGUUCAAUAAAUUAUGGUCACGUUACGAUGAGGAAGGCAAAGGAUUCAUCAGCCAUCAAGAUUUUACCAGGAAGUUGGGGGUUGGGUUUACUACGGGGGAUAACUUAGGGUUACAAGGCACGAGUAGGAAGAUGGUUGACGAAAACGACAACAAUGUUCUUGCUCAUCAUUUGUUGCAGCAAUCGAAACACGAGGAAAUCGCGUUGAACCAAAUCAAGUACUCACAACAUUUAUCGGCGGAAACUGUAGAGAAGGAGCUCAAAGAUCGGUUCAGAGAAUAUUAUUCUGACUUUGACAAAGCGUUCCGACAAUUAGACAAGAAUCGUGAUGGUUACAUCACAAUAGCUGAUCUGCAGCGAGUUUUGCUUCAACUGAAUUAUUUUCUCGACGAAAAACAGUUCCUUGACCUUCUGCGUCGUCUCGGCCUCCCGACAACCAAAUCAAAAUUAUCUUAUUUCGACUUCCUGCGCUCGAUUGACGAUGGCCGAGCUUCUAAAUACGGUCGUCGCGAUGUGAUUGGUCGAGAGUCGGUCACAUGGCAAAGUUUUGAAUCGCUGACGGUGGAGAAAGCGACGAUUAAGUUGAAAGAACAAGUCACUGUGAACUAUGAUAGUUUAAAUGCAGCAUUCCGUGCGUUCGAUCGCUUGCAAACAGGGUUGGUAAAAGUCGUUGAUUUCCGUCGUUUACUUGAUAACUUCUGCUUCAAACUUACCGACAAACAAUUCCGUGGAGUUUUAUUGAAGUGCAGAAUAACAGGGGGAUCGGUUUCUUCGAACAAAAUGAUAAACUGGAUCGUUUUCCUUCAGGAUUUCUCACAAAUUAAAGACGUGAAACUAAAGGAAUGGGGCGAUUACGUGGGGAAAAUAGCUCCCCCCCAAUCCCCACAUGAGCUCCCUCUAGUGGAAGUAGAGGAAAGAAUAUCGGAAGUGGUUACGGCUCGUCACUUCCAAAUAUCGAGGGAUUUCGCCGACGUGGAUUACGCAAAAAUAUUCGUUGUUUCAAGAGAAGAUUUUCGUGACAUAUUGAAUCGACACGUUAUGCGGUUGACCGAUGAUCAGUUUGAUCGAUUAUGGGCGAAACAAGCGGUGAAUGAAUUCAACAACAUCGAGUAUCGGGAGUUUCUUAAACGAUACCAACUUCAUAAAGAUGACAAAGUUAAACAAGAGGGACAAACCACCCAGAAACCAUGUGAUGAGAUCCAACCAAUCAGCAACCAGAUAAGCGUGCCACGCCCUCCUAGUAGAUUGGGUACCUCAGAUUCGCAUCGCUUGAGGGGAAACCCCCGUCCCGUUACUCCGCUCGUAAACGCUGACAGCGCUGAGAUGAAAGUUAAAGACCUGGUUUACAAAAGUUGGCAGGACAUCCAGCGUGAAUGCAAGAAAUUGGAUUUAGAGGGAACAGGAACAGUGUUGCCGGAUGAGUUUGUCGGAAUUCUCGACAGUUUUGGGGUGAUGCUACCACUCGAGGAUGCUCGUCAGCUAAUGUUGAAAUAUGAUCUCCAUGAGCAACAAGGUCGGUUCUCGUACCGAGAGUUUCUGCGUCAUUUCAUCCUAACAUUGAAACCACAAGACGAGGGAUUGUUGAAAAGAAGGAAAAUACAUGCAGCGAAACUGCCGGUUGACACUGGAUUUUGUAAACUCGAGUU